UUAUUGUAGCUUUAGUACUUCUUCAGUCAGUCCUACCGGCUAGGCGGCAAUGGCAAGUACGGUUGCCUAUAGGGGCCAUGUGGUUGAUAGCGACGGAAAAGUUAUAUCCUAUCAGGAAAUGAGCGAUGGGGAGAUAUUUGUUAAUUUGAACGAUAUGCAAAGAGCAACUGGAGUUAAGCUUUUUAGUCCAGACGAGAAAUUACGAGAAAAAAUUGAGGCCAAAAUAUUUAAUUAUUUCAUGGAGUGUGUAAUUGAAUCAAGAAGGAUUCUCUCGGAAGAACAGAUCAUUGAUUCAUUUGAAAGGGUAAGGACUAAGUUAUUUUAUACCGGCACGUUGGCGCUUGAUAAAGGACGCAAGACACCCGACGCAAGACACCCUACUCAAGUCAAGCAACGUGGUGUCGGGUUGGAGAUUGGAUCGGUGACCGCAGUAGUAUGGGAGGGUAGAUCGCCCGCGCUGCCGCCAAUUAACUAA